CACUAAAGCCGCUCAUAAUAUACUCUCUCUCUCUCGUUGUCAAAGCAAAACCGCUGCUCCAGGGAGAAUUGAGAUGCAAUGUACGUGCAAAGGGGCGCUAAAUCAAACCGGCUAAAACAGCUCAAAGCAAAUAAAGCACUUUGGUGUUCCAGAACAUCUUUAACAGAACAAUAAUCCGACUCCGAUGGUUCAUUCAUAACCAUACAGUUCGAUCGACCCCUGGCACAAUGAUGCGGCAUCAUGCCACCCUCUCCUCUUUCCGGCUGGCAUCUGCCUCCUCUUGUUCCUCUUUACCACAAAGAAAAAGGAAGCGUAGAACCCCACUUUUCUCUGCCCAUUUUAAUCCUUAGCUAGCACAGGCUCAUGUCCCUACAACAGCACUGAAGAACUCGAAGUCAUUAGGAGCUGGUACAAAUUUGUCUCCUUUUCUAUUCAACCAUGUAUAUAAGCUACUGGGGCACCGAGAAGUAAUCCAAGCAAAGCAUACGGCCACCGAUGGCUACUGCAUCCUUCGUCACCUACCUUCAGAAUCCCAGGGAGCUACCGGUGCCGGAGUUCCGGGCACCGCCGCCGUCCCCGGUCACCGGCGUUCUUACAGGCAGCAGCUCAGGGUCGUCCGGGUACGGCGAGUGCCAGGACGAUGACGAGAUCGGCAGAUUCUUGCGCUGCGCCGCCAGGGUCCCGGUGCUGCUGCUGCCGGAGAGGCCCGUCCCACGGAAGAAUAAGAAGAAGGCACCGUGGGCCCCGCCUGUCAUCGACAUGCGCCUGCUGAACUUACCGUCACCGGUGGGCGGAGGUGGGCCGACGGUGGAGGCGCUGAAGUCGGCGGCCGUCGCGUUUGGCUGCUUCCAGGUGGUCGGCCACGGUGUCGACGGGGGCUUGCUCUCGGCAGCGCUGCGUGCUGCGACGGCAAGGGGGGGACCGCCGGCAUGGGGGGAGAUGGAAAGCAGUGGACGAGGAGACGAGGAUGGUGAGGAGCUGUGGUGGCUACCGGGCGAAGGAGACCACGAGAUGGCGGGAAAUUGGCCGUUGCAAAAUGGCGGCAGCCAAUUAAGGAACAGAGCAGAUGAUUUAUUCAGUCAGCUGGAGCAAGCCUCAACCAAGAUCAUGCACGCCUUGCAGCAAGGCAGUGCAACUGCUGGUGCAACUGAAGCCGUGCCGAAAGCUGACCGAACCGGCUCGCUUCUCUGCAUCAGCAAGCACCUUCGCGAGCAAGUCAGCGCCUGCGGCCCGAUCAGCCAAGACGACGUCCUUCGGAUGCUGCUACGGAGCUCGCGGUGCUCGCGCGCUCUCGCCCUCCACCUCUGCCCCGGCGCGUCGGGGUUCCACAUCUUCUCGCGGCGAGGCUGGUCGAGGUUCCACCCCCUCGACGGCGCCGUCGUGGUCACCGUCGGGGACCAACUCCAGGCAGGGAGCGGUGGGCUCUACAAGAGCGUGUCCGGGAAACCGGCUUACAGCAACGAUGAUCUCCGACGAGACGGUGGCGGAGAUGCCGUCUCGGCGGAGUUCUUCCUUUCCUGCUCUUCGACCGGCGCGGCAAAGGAGGCCCUGAACGCGGACGUCGGAAAUAUCAUCCCAUUGAAUCUGCAGAUCAUAGUAGCAGCUUGCCUUGUGCUUGUUUACCAUUUCUUCCUGUCAUGCUUGUAUGCGAUCUGGUGAUCCUCAGCAACAGCAGGCUUGGUCCUCUCUCCAGAAUAUGCGAGUAUGCAACACAGCUUGU